CAACGGGCGAAGGCGUUGGGGUUGGGUCAGCGCGAGAACGCGGUGCGGUACCUGGGACAAGACUACGGGCGGUUGGUGGAGGAAUGUCGGCGUUCCGGCACGCUUUUCCGCGACCAAACCUUCCCGCCGGUUCCCACUUCCCUCGGAUUCCGCGAACUCGGUCCCGGCACCGCCAAAACUCACGGCGUCCAAUGGAAGAGGCCGACGGAGCUGUGUCCGCGCCCGCAGUUCAUCGUGGACGGGGCCACGCGCACCGACAUCUGCCAGGGAGCGCUGGGUGACUGCUGGCUGCUGGCGGCCAUCGCCUCCCUCACGCUCAACGAGACGCUCCUUCACCGCGUGGUGCCGCACGGGCAGAGCUUCCAGCACGGCUACACCGGCAUCUUCCACUUCCAGAUUUGGCAAUUCGGCGAGUGGCUGGACGUGGUGGUGGACGACUACCUGCCCACCAAAGACGGCAAGCUGCUCUUCGUUCACUCUGCUGAAGGCACCGAAUUCUGGAGCGCCUUGCUGGAGAAAGCCUACGCCAAGGUGAACGGCUGCUACGAGGCGUUGGCCGGCGGCAGCACCUCGGAGGGGUUCGAGGAUUUCACCGGCGGCGUGACGGAGUGGUACGACCUGCGCAAGCCCCCCGGCGAUCUCUACCAAAUCAUUCUCAAAGCGCUGGAGCGCGGUUCCUUGCUCGGCUGCUCCAUCGACAUAACGAGCGCCUUCGACAUGGAGGCGGUGACGUUCAAGAAGCUGGUGAAGGGACACGCGUACUCGGUGACGGGGGCCAAGCAGGUUAACUACCGCGGCCAAUCCCUGGGCCUGAUCCGCAUGCGCAAUCCCUGGGGAGAAGUGGAAUGGACAGGUCCCUGGAGCGACAGCUCGUCCGAGUGGAACGCGGUGGAGCCGGCGCUGAGGCAGCAGCUGAUGGUGAAAAUGGAAGAUGGUGAAUUUUGGAUGUCCUUCCGGGAUUUCCUCCGGGAAUUCACCCGCCUGGAGAUCUGUAACCUCACCCCAGACGCUCUCCAAUCCCGCAAAUUCCGCAAGUGGAACACGCGGCUCUACGACGGGACGUGGCGGCGCGGCAGCACGGCCGGUGGUUGUAGGAACUACCCCGCCACUUUUUGGAUAAACCCGCAGUUUAAGAUCCAGCUGGAGGAGGUGGACGAUGACGGCGACGAGGGCGGCAGGCGCGAACCCGGCUGCAGCUUCCUCCUGGCGCUGAUGCAAAAGCACCGCCGCCGCGAACGCCGCUACGGCAAGGACAUGGAGACCAUCGGAUUUGCCGUCUAUGAGGUUCCUCCCGAGCACGUGGGGAAAUCGGGCGUUCACCUGAAACGGGAAUUCUUCCUGGCCAACGCCUCGCGCGCUCGCUCGGAGCAGUUCAUCAACCUGCGGGAGGUGAGCACCCGGUUCCGGUUACCGCCGGGGGAAUACAUCGUGGUACCCUCCACCUUCGAACCCAACAAGGAAGGAGAUUUCGUUCUCCGCGUCUUCUCCGAAAAGAAAGCCGGCACCGAGGAAAUGGAUGACAAGAUCCAGGCCACGCUGCCGGAUGAGAAAGUGCUUUCCGAAAGCCAAAUCGAUGACAACUUCAAGCAGCUUUUCAAACAGCUGGCGGGGGCGGACAUGGAGAUCAGCGUCGUGGAGCUUCAGACCAUCCUCAACCGGAUCAUCAGCAAACAUAAAGAUCUCCGGACCAAAGGCUUCAGCACGGAGUCGUGCCGUAGCAUGGUCAACCUCAUGGAU